AAUUAGUUCGAAUAAAUGAUCAGGAUCAGUAACAUGAGAUUAAAGAGCUAUGAAUACAAAUUUUCGAUAAGUGGAAAAAAUUGAUAAAUUUGAAUAAAAAUUUAAAUGAAAUAAUUUAUGAAUUGAUCCAAUGAAAAAGCCCUCCCUUUAAUUCAAUAUGGCGUUGGGUUAGAAGUUCGAAGCUUUCACCACAUAACCUAAAUUCCUUCAUUGCAAGUUGUUAAAAAUACUGGAUAAAUCCUGAUUGAUAAUAAAUUCCGAAGUGAUUGGCUUACAAGAGUUUUUCAUCUGCAGAAAAUAUACAAAAAGGAAGGAUGGGGGAUCUAUCGGUGGACUUCGACGCCCUCCGGCUGUCAGUCUUCACAAAAGCGAUAAAAAUCUCGUCCUCGGUGGACCGUGUGACCCUAGGCCCCGACUCGACGUCUCCCCCCAGGUCCCCAGUGGAGAUCUCCUCCGAGAACAACAGGAACUCGACGAAUAUCAGUCCCCCAAGGCCGACAAAGUCCCCAGGCUCAAAGCAAAAGCCAGGGAUCACAUUUUCCAUCGAAAAAAUCCGCCACGAGAACGAGGUGCUGCGUCGUGAGGAAGUCCUCAAGGCAGUGGACAAAAGGAAAAAGGACAUGGAGGCUUUCCUCCAGAGGCUCCAGCGAGAGAAGGAGUCGAUGAGAGUGGAAUUGGCUGCGAGGAGAGAACGAGAGAUGGAAGCUGAGAAGGCAAAACAGGAUGCAGAAGAGAGACGUUUUGCCCAACAGGACGAGCUGAGACGUCGCCAUGAGGCCCAACUACAGGCCCAGAGGUUUCAGGAGAGACAGGAGAGGAUGGCGAAGGAGGCAAAUGAGCAUAGGAGACUGAAGGAGCACGAGGAGUGCCUGCAGAAGAUCGUGGGGUGUAGGGCACGAUUCACUGAGAAUUAUACGGAUAUUGCGAGGAUUAUGACAUCGAUGAAGAAUAAAAAUGCUAUUGCUAGUAUUGUGGGGCCUUUUACAAGUCGAUUGAAGGAGUUCAGCGUGAGAAUCGAUGGGCUCAUCGAGGGUGGCAAGGCUGGUGGAUUAACGAGUAAUGACGUGGCGGCUGCUGAGAAGGUCCUGAGGGAGGCUGAUGAGGUAUUUGUCGCCUGCAGGGAAGAGGUAAACAGAAUUAAUGAGGAAUGGGCGAGACAGGAACAGGAGGCACUGAUGCAGAGUAGUGGAGGACAUGGAGGACCUGGAGGGAGUUGUGGAGAUCCUGGAGAGAAUUCUGGGAGCACUGGGGAAACACCCGUAGGCUCUGGAGGUCAAGGAGGAACUCUUGAAAGACAUUCUGAUGGAGUGGAUGGAGGACACUUGGAAAAAUCUCCUGAGAGUCUAGACUCCAAUAGAGCCCAGGGACGUGUAGAACGUGUAGAGUCUGUGGAGUCAGUUCCUGAGGGGAAGGGUCUUGACGCCACUGUUGACGUGAAAGCCAUACAGGUGUACUUGAACUCGAAGAAUUUUGUGGAGAGGUACCAGGAGACAUUCAAAGGCCUCGACCAGGUAGACCCUGACUGGAGACAUCGGAAGGAUUGUCAGAGAAAACUCAAUAUUCUUAUUAAAAGGAUCUCCUUCGGGGGAAUACCUCUUAGUGAGGUUUUUAAAAAAUUUUUGGAAAGCUUCCAAGGGAAAGGAGCUAUGGAGAUGGCUUUUGCCAUGAAUCUUGUGGCUGAGACCAUUGUAGAUGAAGUCGAGGGCUACGCAGAACAGAAAUUCAGGCGGAUUUAUGCAUUGGCAGCAAUAGUAGUGGCUCUGUGGUCUCAGUACGCAGAUUUUGGGAAUCUCGUUCUAUCGUAUCUCCACAUAAAGUGUCCCUACACCGUACCAGUGGUGAUGCCUCGUUUCCAGGGACAGAGUGACGAGGAUUUUUGGAGCAGUCGAGGAUACACGUAUCCUGAUGGAACGAGGGAGGACGAGGCCCUUUUUUUCAAGAGGAUGGAGAAAUUGAUGAGGUUCUAUGCGGCUAUAAUUACGACAAAACUCCCCAAGGGCGUAAUUCCGUGUCAUCCCCAUGGUCUGGGAAAUGCCUGGACGUGGUUAGCCACAAUUCUCAAUACCCAGCCCAGGGCCGAUGCCAUCGAGAUUUAUCCUAAACUCAUUAAAGUCUUCCUCGAGGCCACUGGACACAGCAUGCUCCUCUGCUAUCCAAAUCAAUUCAAGAAAAUGCUCAGGGUUCUUGCUCAGGAUUAUUAUUCGUUGCUCGUGCAGCAUUCAGGAGAUUCAAAUUUUGCUAUCUCACCGUUGAAGGAUUUUUUGACUGAUGUCAUUGGAAAGGGCGUCAUUGCUCCACCUGAAGGGCAACUCUCUGGGAAUUUCUGGUGGGGGACGUAAGGGUGAAGUGAAUUUAAGAGAUUCAAGGUAUCAGUGAAAAAAUUAUGAAGUGAAAUUUUAAUAGUGAUUUAAUAGAGAAACUUUGGAAUUUCGGAAGAAAUAUGAAAUGACCUUUUUUGUGGGGAAUUUUAUCGACUACAAAAAAGUCCUUUAACAUAUUCCUAUCAAGUCGAUAUUUCUCUUGCUAAAUCAAUAAUUAAGAAUAUUGAAUUUGAGUCAUUCACUUCAUCAACUGCAGAGUAUUUGAAUGUUUGAAAAAGCAAUCUCGUCGGUUUUGCUUCGUCUCUCAAUUCCAUAUUUGAACCAGAUUGAAUGCGGGAUAAACCCCAAUCAGUUUGACCUCGAAACAACAAAUCUGUCCUUUCAGCUUUCAUUAAACAUCCGAUGGACAAAAUACAUAUAAAAUGUAGAAAAUGAAUUACUUGAAACGACUGUAUGUAUUUUCAUCUUUUUUAUUUAGACUAAUAGUGAAAAAUAAAGAAUUAACUGUUAAAAAAACAUGUACUAUGGAUAAACCGGUAUUUUAAGAUAUUUUUACACUUCCAUUCUUCAACAGGAACACUCAGAUAACAUUUUUUCAUUUAUCAAUGCACAGGAUAUUUGCGCAGCGCAAUUGGAAUUCACAAUUUUUAUUCGAACAAAGUGAAAAUGGAUUGCACAGUGAAUUGGUGACACGUCUUCUUGCGAGGGAUUGAAAUUUUUCAGGCCCUUUAGAUUUUACGAGGCACUGCCAAUUGAUUUCGAUAAAUUGUCUCACCAUUUCACUGCCAGACAUGCCAAAAAAACCAUUGAAUUCAGUGAACCCUAUUCUUAAUAGUGUUAACACUAAGUGCCCACGUGGCAGUGGCAGCCAAAAUCCUCUGAUAAUCCCUUCAAUCCUCCCCAAUAGAGCACAAAGUUUUCAUUACGAUGGAAAUGCUAUUUCACUCAAUCUUAAUGUAAGAUAAUCGUCGAAUGUUUGUCGUUAUGGAGAUGGCUCCCCAGGUCCCAUCUAAUCAACCCUUCGAAAAAAAAA